AUGGGAGAUUACYACGACGUUUACCUGUUGUCAGACGUCGUMCUACUAGCAGACGUCUUUCAAAGCUUUCGAAAGAUGGCUAUGUCUUACUACGGGUUGGAUCCAGCGAACUUCUACACGGCUCCUGGGCUUUCCUGGAGUGCGCUGCGAAAGAAGACAGACGCACGGCUGGACCUCCUAACCGAUUAUGAAAUGUACCGCUUUAUGGAAGACGGUAUCCGUGGUGGAGUCUGCGGACCCAGCAGGCGUUACGCCAGAGCGAACAAUCCCCAGGUGGAGGGGUACGAUCCUGAAAAGCCAAACACCUACAUCUUUUACCUGGAUGCUAACAACCUCUAUGGGUGGGCAAUGUCCCAGCACCUACCCGUGCGCGACUUUGAGUGGACAGAACCACGCGAGUCAGAGUACUACAUGCGGAUAAGACCUGACAGCCGCAAAGGCUUCAUCCUGGAGGUGGAUUUGGAGUACCCGCCAGAACUACAYCACCUUCACAACGACUACCCACUUGCCCCGGAAGCAAUCGAAAUACCUUUCGAACAGCUAUCACCACUACAAAAGCGUCUAUGCCCCAACUACAAGCCGUACCGUAAAUUAACGAUGAACUUGAUGAACAAGAAAAAUUACGUUGUUCACUAUCGCAACCUGCAAUUCUAUGUGCGCCACGGAAUGCGUGUGACAAAGGUACACCGCGCUUUGAAGUUUCGUCAAGAGCCGUGGAUGCAACCUUACAUAGAUUUCAACACGGAAAAGCGCACAGCAGCAAAGAACGAUUUCGAGAAGAAUUUAUUCAAGCUGAUGAAUAAUAGUGUUUUCGGAAAGACCAUGGAGAACAUUCGCAAGCGUGUUUCCAUAAAGAUUGCUAACACUCGCGAAGAAGCAGAGGCGUAUGUGUCGCAACCAGGGUUUGUCCGCUAUGUAGAUAUGUUGAACUUCUUUGUAAUUCAUAUGAAGAAGGCAAACCUUUUCUUAAACAAGCCUGUAUACACCGGAUUUACCGUCCUGGAGCUGUCAAAACUGCUGAUGUAUGAGUUCUACUAUGACAAGCUAAAGCCAAAGUACGGAGACCGCUGUCACCUGCUAUACACGGACACCGACUCUCUGAUAAUGGAGAUAGAGACACCCGACGUUUACGCGGACUGCUUGGAGGACAUUGACGAAUACGACACGUCUGGUUACCCGAGGGAUCACCCACUUUACUCUGCGAAGAACAAGAAGGUUAUCGGGAAGAUGAAGGAUGAAAUGCUAGGCAAGCCAAUCGUGGAGUACGUCGGGUUAAAACCGAAGAUGUACAGCGUACUAAAGACAGACGGCGCAGAUAAGAAAGCCAAAGGUGUAAAAAAGUACGUGGUGAAGAAAGACUUGACUCACCAAUCGUACGUGGAUGUGCUUCAAACUCAAAAGUCUCAGAAGCACCAAAUGAACUCCCUGCGGUCCUUUAAACAUCAAAUACACAACGUUACGCAGGAGAAGGUGUCACUGUCAGCAUUUGAUGGUAAGAGAUGGAUGUGUGAUGAUGGCAUCCAUACGAUUAGCCUGACCCUUCUUAGCCAUCGCGCUUUGGAUCUGGUAAGUUUCCAAAGACCAAUUAGGAUCCGUAGCUCUUUUGGAUCCUCCUUCUAA